AUGAACCCUGCAAAGUUCCAGCGGGAUGAUAAUCGUCCAGCACAACAUUCAUCAGUUAGGAGGGACCAGAUGAUGAUCAACGGAAACCGCCCCUCCCCGUUGAAGAUCAACCGAGGCUCCCAUAUCAUCCACAAACCUCCCAAUUCCUAUUCCCGCAUGGGCGCCGCCAAUAAAUCAGAAGAGCAACACCACCACCAGAAGCGGCAGCCGGUGAUCAUCUACACCCAAUCUCCAAAAAUCAUCCACACGCAGGCACGCGAUUUCAUGGCUUUGGUACAAAAGCUUACCGGCCUCUCCCGCUCCGAUAAUAUUCACGACGGCGUCCACGGCCAAACCCUAGACACUGACACUACUCAUGAAGAUCAUGCAAAAGUGAAAGUUUCGUCGUGUCAAGACGACCAUAUCGACAAUCCAGACAUUGCUAAAUCUGCCGUUAGCCGCAGCCAUGAUGGGAACGAGUCGUGUUCAGAUCUGACGGAUGAGAUUAAUUGCGGUGGUGGGAAUUACGAUAACAAUAGUAUGAUUAAUAGUGUUCAUCAUCAAGUGGGGAGCUCAUCGUCUUCCGGAUAUUCUCCCAAUGCCAUGUUCAGCAACCCUAGUCCGUAUUUUGCAGAUAUUCCAUUGUUUACGCCGACCGCAAAUAAUUCGGCGGAUUUCUUCUGCCCGCCUAGGCCGCUUUACAGAUUCUCCGAUUACUCAUCGUCUCCGAACGUUGGCGGUUCGAUGUCUCCAUCAAUGUUCAAGUUCAUCAAAGGACUCCCAGAAUAUUGA